AUGCAUUCGUACGAAUUGACCGCUAGCUUGCUGGCCGUAGCCACAUUCAUUUCGUCAACAACUGCUUCCCCGAUCCUUGAAACUCGAUCUAUUACUACAAAGCGAGGCAUCUCCUCACCAAGUCUUGCCGUCUACUGGGGGAAUGGCUACAAUCAACAACGGUUGGCCGAUUUCUGCCAGGAUACAACAAUGGACAUUAUCCCGAUCGGCUUUGUCAAUGUCUUCCCCGACCAGGAAAAUGGCCCGGGAACAAACUACGCCAACGCAUGUGGUGGUGAUUAUUGGGUCGCUCCGGAUGGCACACAAACUCAAAUGUUCAAGACUUGUUAUCAAAUCGCGGAGGACAUUCCGAAAUGUCAACAAAUGGGCAAAAAGAUUUUCGCAUCGAUCGGAGGCGCAUCGCCAGGAAAUUUCAUUGCUUCUACCGAUUCAGCCAAGGCGUUCGCUGAUUUCUUGUGGGGUUCCUUCGGCCCUCUUCAAGAUCCAGACUUGAUUCAAUUUCCUCGACCUUUCGGUACCGAUGUCAUUGUCGACGGUUUCGAUUUGGACAUCGAGUCCGGCAGCAAUUUCGGAUACGCCGAUUUGGUCAAUGAGUUGAGAGCAAAGUUCGUCGGCCAGCCAAAGACUUACUACAUCUCGUCCGCACCCCAGUGCGUUGUUCCCGACUCUCACUUGGGAGAUGCCAUUGCAAACGCUCCAUUUGACUAUGUGUUUGUACAGUACUACAACACCAAUCAAUGUUCCGCUCGAUCACUGUUUAACUCUGGCACGCUGAAUACCAACACUGACAUUACGUACGGCUGGGCUAGUUGGCUUCAACAAAACUCCAAAAACCCGGGCGUCAAGAUGUUCCUUGGUCUUCCUGCCUCCCCGGAUGCCGCUCAUUCUUCCGACUACCUAAACCUUGAUGAGGCCAAAUCAUUGAUUGAAGCCUAUGCUUGUGGCAACGACUAUCAGUCAAUCUUUGGAGGGGUAAUGUUGUGGGAAGCAACUUUUUCGGAGAACAACCAGAUCAAUGACAAGAGCUAUGCCGCAAACAUCAAGGAUCUCUUCGGCCAGUUGCCUUGUGCUCCGGUUCUCACUACUACUACGUCGGCCACCACAUCAACCACCACAACUUCAGCUUUGACAACUACAACCACCACUGGAGCUCCUGUCACCACGACCACAUCAACCACUCCCCUCAGUCCGACUAGCACUACCACCACAACAUAUCAGCAUCCGCACGAGACUUCCACCACUACUUCAGGAUCCUCAGUGAUCACGACUUCAAGCACAGCUUCAGAAUCUCUUGUCGCUACUACCUCAAGCACGACCUUUGAGACCACCACAACAUCUUCCUACAGCCUCGAGGUUGGCCCCAUCGGUAGCACUACCUCCAGCUCUGUCUCCAGCUCUACCACGACUUCCUACGGUCAUCCCGUUGGCCCAACUGGUAGCGCCACUUCGUCUCGCAGCUUAAGCACGACUACGUCAUCUUAUAGCCAUGAAGGAGGCCCUAUCGGUUCAACAACCUCGUCAAGCAGCUCGAGCAGCAGUACCUCCAUGGUAGAAACUACUACAAGCGCGUAUACUGGCUCUUACAGUUACCCUGUUGGUCCUACUGGCGAUACCACAGCCUCGUCAUCAACGACAUCCUCUGUGACCCUUUCAACUAGCAGGUAUGAUUGGGCCGACUGGACAACCUCGUCCACAACGAGCUCCCCAUUCCCCGUUGUCGAUCCGACUUUCUCUUCCGCUACGACUACGACCACAUUGAGCUGGGAAGACUGGCCUGCCACCACAACUUCAACCACGAGUGCUUCCGUUUCCGACUAUACCACGACUGUUUGGGUCACUUCAUAUAUCGAUAUCUGCCCCACUGGAUUUACCACUCGGCCCUUCACAUUGACAACCACCGUCCCAGUGGCCCCGGCAUCGACGACAGCACCAUUCGUCUGGCCCACUGAACCCAACGGUUGCCCACGCGGAUUCACUACCGCCGUGACUGUCUGCUCUGUGUGCGCUGAGACGGUGAGCACCGUCACCUUGACGAUCCCGGUACCAACCGUGACGGCCGUUGAGACGCAGACUGUCGUGCCCGUCAAGCCUUCCGCUCCUAUAGUAGCAUCCGCUCAACCCUCUGACUAUAGUCACCCAGUCCCAACUUUCACCUUGGCCACCGUCACCAAACCAGCAGAAACUUCCAUUGCACCAGUUGAGGGUUCUUCGGCCUCCGGCCUUGUGCAUCCUGCAGGCUCAUCAAAUAUCUUGACCAUCUCCCUCACAUCUGUGGCACCAGCUUCUACGGGACUUGGCAACAGCGGCUGGCUUGCUCCUCCCGCCCUAUCUUCAUCCUCAGUAUCUCCCGUCAGCAUCACCCCAUUCACGGGUGGCGCGGCUCAAGAUGAACUUCCUGGCGCCGUGCUGAGCGUAGCAGUCUGCAUGGUCGUUGCAGUUGUCGGUCUGUUCGUCUAA